GUUCCUUUUUGUAUAUAUAUCCAUUUGAACACCUCUUUCUCUGCAACUCAUCUUCUUACAUAUCACUCACUAAAAUGGAGACUCAACUUCACAUGUUCUUGUUCCCUAUCAUGGCUCCCGGCCACAUGAUUCCCAUGGUCGACAUGGCUAAAUUGCUUUCUUCUCGUGGUGUCAAGAUCACCAUCGUCACAACCCCUCUCAAUUCCAUCUCCAUCUCUAAUUCAAUCCACAAUAACUCCAAAUCCAUCUCUCCACCUCCCAAAAUUCAUCUUCUCAUCCUCAAAUUCCCUUCUGCUGAAGUUGGCUUACCAGAUGGCUGUGAAAAUCUCGACUCCGUUACCGGCAAUGCUAUGAUCCCCAAAUUCAUCUCCGUUUGCAAUUUGCUCCAAACCCCAUUUGAGGAAGCUGUUAUGGAACAUCGCCCCCAUUGUAUUCUAGCUGAUAUUUUCUUCCCUUGGGCCAACGAUGUUGCUGCCAAAUUUGGGAUCCCCAGACUCACUUUCCAUGGCACUGGCUUUUUCUCCACCUGUGCUUCGGAGUUCAUAAGGAUUCACGAGCCUUACAAACAUGUUUCAUCGGAAACAGAGCCUUUUCUCAUUCCUUGUCUACCCGGAGAGAUUACUUUCACAAAGAUGAAACUUCCUGAAUUCAUGUGGGAGAAUUACAAAAAUGAUCUCAGCGAAUUUAUGAAGAGAGCUUUUGAAGCAAGCUCUAAGUGUUAUGGGCUGAUUAUGAAUAGUUUCUACGAGUUGGAGGCGGAGUAUGCAGAUUGCUAUAGAAAUGUUUUUGGAAGAAAGGUGUGGCAUAUUGGCCCACUUUCUUUAUGUAAUAAGGACAUUGAAGAAAAAGCUCAGAGAGGAAACAAAUCCGCCAUUGACGAACACGAGUGCUUGAAAUGGCUCGACUCCCAGAAACCCAAUUCAGUAGUGUAUGUGUCUUUUGGAAGUAUGGCGAAAUUCAACGCUGAUCAGUUGAAGGAGAUUGCAAUUGGGCUUGAAGCUUCAAGAAAAAAUUUUAUAUGGGUCGUGAGAAAAGUGAAAGGGGAUGAAGAAAAAGGAGAGGAUAAGGAUUGGUUACCAGAAGGGUACGAACAAAGAAUGGAAGGAAAAGGGAUGAUUAUAAGAGGAUGGGCACCGCAAGUUUUGAUAUUGGAUCAUCCAGGGGUGGGUGGUUUUGUGACACACUGUGGCUGGAAUUCCACGUUGGAAGGAGUAGCUGCCGGAGUUCCGAUGGUGACGUGGCCGGUGGCAGCAGAGCAAUUUUACAACGAGAAACUAUUGACAGAGGUGUUGAAAAUUGGAGUUGGUGUUGGGGUACAGAAAUGGGUGAGAACUGUGGGGGAUUUCAUUAAAAGUGAAGCUGUGGAGAAGGCAAUAAGGAGAGUUAUGGAAGGAAAAGAAGCAGAGGAGAUGAGAAACAAAGCUAAAGAAUUGGGUGAGAUGGCGAAAAAGGCUAUCACAGAAAAUGGAUCGUCUUACUCUGAUUUGGAAGCUUUGAUUAAGGAAAUGAAAUCUUUUGCAUCUUGAAAUUCAUUCAGUUUUCUAAUUGGCUGCAACGAUAACGUUGAAUAAGAAAACAACGUGUGAUUUUUAAACUCUAUAAUAUGAAUAUUCAAAGUGCAUGAUCUCGAAUCUCCAACCUCUUCCUUUGACGAAGAAGGAUCAAAGCAUUAAAGCAACUGAUUCACUUAAUCAAUUAAGUUAUAAUAUAACUGUGGAGUUGUUAACUUUA